AUGAGCGCGGGCCUUCCUCAGUGGCAGGCCUCCUCUCAUCUACGUUCGUUUACCCGCAUUCUAGAGAAUGUAUUACAAGAUCAUUCACAGGUGCUGGCACGUUUACUGGACCUUACGGAGGACGAACUUGACCACAUAUGGAGCUGGACGACUCCUCUGCCUGAAACUAUCAAUACAUGCAUGCACGAAAUUAUUUCCCAGAAAUCUCAGUCGCAGCCUAACAAGACGGCUGUAGAGGCUUGGGAUGGAAGCUUUACGUAUCAGGAAGUCGACCAGUACUCUACUGAGUUGGCCCAGAAUCUGCGACUUCUGGACGACUCGGAAGAUCAGAUUAUUCCUGUGCUGUUUGAGAAGUCGAGAUGGACGAUGGUUGCGGUACUUGCUGUUAUGAAAGCUGGAGCCUGCUUUGCGCUUCUUGACCCUGCGCAACCGGAAGGCCGCUUGAGGACUAUCGUCCAGCAGACGAAGGCAAGGUUGUUAGUAUCUUCCAAAGCGCAGGCUGCGCUGGCCGCACGUGUCGCUGAUGGUGCGACCGUUGUGCCAAUAUCGCAUUCUAGGUUUGCGAAAAUCUACCGCCCUUAUGCGGAACAGCUACCGAAGACAAGUCUACCAUCCGUUUCUCCGGCGGUCCCGAUGUAUAUCCAAUUCACGUCUGGUAGCACAGGUUUACCCAAGGGAUGCAUGCUUUCUCACUACAACUUCACGUCAGGCGCAAUACCGCGCGCCCACACAGUAGGAUACAGGGAGACGUCGCGCGUGUUAGACUUCGCCAGCUACGCCUUCGAUGUUUCCAUCGACUCGAUGCUCUGUACACUCGCUAGCGGUGGUACUCUUUGCACGCCAUCUGAUGAAAGACGGAUGAACGAUCUGAGCGGUGCCAUGCGGGAUAUGCGUGUGAACUGGGCAGGAAUGACACCUUCAGUCGUCCGGACUCUCGAUCCGGACAUCAUUCCCUCUCUAGCUACGCUUGCUGUAGGUGGAGAAGGUAUCUCAGCUAGUGAUGCGGCGAACUGGCGUCAAAAGACUACAGUGGUCAACUGCUAUGGUCCUUCGGAGUGUACUGUUGGAGCAACGUACAACAACGCCGUGGGUACCAAGCCAUACAUUAGCAUGGGCAAGGGUACAGGUUGCUCUGUUUGGGUGGUUGAUCCUACAGAUCACAACAAGCUUGUUCCACCUGGCGCGGUGGGAGAGCUCCUUAUCGAGGGGCCAAUUGUCGGGUAUGGGUACCUGAACAAUCCCGAGAAGACGAAAGAGGUGUUCAUUGAGAACCCAGCUUUCCUCACAGCUGGAAGCCCGAACAUUCCUGGACGACGAGGCAGGCUGUAUAAGACUGGUGACCUGGUACGUUACGAUCCAGACGGCAACGGCGAGGCAAUCUUUGUCGGACGUGGGGAUCAACAAGUCAAACUUCGGGGCCAGCGCAUCGAGCUUGCGGAAAUCGAGUUCAACAUGCUCAAACACCUACCAAAGGACACAAGGGUUGCAGCUGAGGUUAUUAAGCCGGGUGGAACAGGCGAGCCUACGCUUAUCGCUUUCGUCGCUGAACCUAAAGAGAAAGACCAGCAGCAGCUGGAUGGCGAUGUGUUCGCCACGUUCUCUAGCAGUUUCCAGAAAGCAUUGCAAUCCAUGACGACGCAAUUAUCGAAGGACCUUCCGGUGUACAUGGUUCCGAGCGCCUACAUCCCAUUGUGGAAGAUGCCGUUGCUGGUCAGUUGGAAGACCGACCGGAAGCGUCUGCGUGAGAUUGGUUCUUCUAUCACCAGGCAGGAUCUGAGAAAGUUCAGUGCUGCUAUAUCUUCAAAAUCUGAAGCGAAGAGCGAGAUGGCUCUCCGACUCGAGAAACUGUGGGCCAAAGUCUUAGGGGGCGAUGCCGAUUUUAACUCCACCGACAACUUUUUCAGCAUGGGUGGCGAUUCCCUGAGGGCGAUGAAGCUAGUUGCUGCUGCGAGGGGAAGAGAACAUUGCGUUGAGCGUGCCGGAUAUCAUGCUAAAUCCAACGUUGGCUGCUAUGGCGUCGAAGUCGAAGACGAUGCAGGCGGAUCGGGAGACGCAAGUGCCUGCAUUUUCGUUGAUACCCCAGAGCUGGGGAGUAUCGAGCGCACAGGCAGAGACAGCGCAAAUCUGCGGCACGGAGUCGAAUCUAAUUGA